AUGGCAUCAAGCAGACCAGUGCCAGGUGCCAGAAAGAUGAAGGCAAGGAACAAGUGUCUCACCCUCGGUUAUCUCUCCCUCAGGAACAAGUGUCUCACCCUCGGUUAUCUCUCCCUCAGGAACAAGUGUCUCACCCUCGGUUAUCUCUCCCUCAGGAACAAGGGUCUCACCCUCGGUUAUCUCUCCCUCAGGAACAAGUGUCUCACCCUCGGUUAUCUCUCCCUCAGGAACAAGUGUCUCACCCUCGGUUAUCUCUCCUGCAGGAACAAGUGUCUAAGCUCCUGGACCAAGCUCAAGAUGUCGCCCAUGUUUGGUUGCAUCUGUCCCAUGGAUCGCCAGAAGCGCAAGUGUGAGAGGAUUUUCCGCAGAGUACACAACAACCCUUGUGUGGAUACGUUCCCCGCCUCCUCUGCACCUCCUCCCCCAGAGAGGGGCGGUGGGGGGGUGUGUGUCAUCCUCCCCCCACCCCCUUUGCCGCGCCCCACUCUGCGCCCACGCUUCCCCCAACUCCCCGCCCCGUACCCCCCACACCAGCGCCCACGCCCACACUUACCCUUGCCCCCGCAUGUUACCUUCACGGCAGAGCCCCUGCCUGCCUACUCGGCCCAAACGCACAAUGUCCUCACCGUAGAUCAACACUUCACCACACGGCCUGCCGGUAACUCUCAUGGGUCAUUUCCAGUCAACGUUAUUCCCUACGAUAACUCGUCCCUCCACGCCGUCGACACCCAAAUCCAAAACCCUCUGAUGGAGGCGGGCCCUGGAGGAGGCCGCCUGCAGAACGCUUCCAGAGCCGCCAACGUCUUGGGUGGUGACCCACGCUUCCCUACCACCGAUACUGAUGCAAGUCACGCCACCUCGCCCUCUGGCCCCGUGCCGGUGCUCCACUCCACCUGCCAGACGGCGCUGGUAGGGUGCACAACGGAGCCCACCUGCCGGAGGCUCCUGGAUCCCGUGCUGGCCAUGUGCGACAAUGAGUGCAACAGAGAGGCUUGCAUGAGCAACCUGCAGACUUUCUACAGAAAUGUGGAGUCCAAAUGGGCUCUCGAAGUCGCUUUCUGCCUCUGCAAGAAGAGCAGCGUGACGGCCAACGAGUGUCUGACGGCGCAGGAGAAGUUGCACCCAUCGUGCGCACGCAAGACAGCAGGUCCCAUCCCCAUGUUGUGUAACCGUCUGGCAGCAGCCUGCAAAGAGGAAAAUGGAUGCAGACACAGACUUGAGUUCUACGAGCAGGCAUGUGCAGUGGACAGCGAUACGCGCAGGUGCGCAGGCUCCACUGCAGAGUGUCGGCGAGCAGUGCUGGGCAUCCUGGGCACGCAGCUGCGCAGCCUCUGUACCUGCGCCGCCUCUGACCCCAGGGAGACCUACACUUGCAUGGACUGGCAGAGAAUCCUGUGGUUCAACCCCUGUGUUGUUGAGUCUCAGACGGACUACCACCGUGAGAUGUUGGCAGCGCUGGGACCAGGGGAAGUGAUCACUACUACUGCCAACAUCGUGUACACUCCCAGCGUCACCACUGGUGUUGUCUUCGAGCCUGUCCAGAGUGGUGGUAACCACAGGAUGUGGCCAGAGGUGGUGAUCCAUCCACCCUAUACCACCACCCAAUACUCGCCUUCAUACACCGACUCAUACCCACGCCCACCGCCGCCCACCACAACUACCACCAUCCCAACUACCACACUCCCACCCAAGUACUGUGAGAAGCGCCACACCAACAACGACACCAUCUACAUCGAGGAAGGAUGGGGCAAGCGCUUCUACAAAGACGAGGAGUGCUCUGAGCUGUGUUUGUGUCACGCCGAGCAGAAGUUGGCGUGUAGCGUGCUGGAGUGCGUGGAGGCACGCCCCUGCGAGACGGGUUAUGCUGUCUACACACACGCCGCUCCGGCCUACCAGGCCUCCCGCGGCGAGUGCUUCUGUUACUCAGGUUCCUUCAUCUGCGUCAGGCCUCCGCAAGACAACUACGACGUCAACUACGGAGUGUUCCUGUUCAUCGGCUACAGCAAGGCGGAAGAACUUCUGCUGCGGCCGUACACUAAGAUCUCUCUGGUAGAUGCUGCCAUGAACAAGCUGGGAGACCUGGUGCAAGAGUCUUCACUCCAGCUUAAUGGAGUGAGUUACUGAGUCUCGGGUAGCAUC